AUGGCUUCAUCAGAGGAACGUAAAGGCACCAUCAUCGUCACCGGGGCUAACGGCGGUCUUGGUGCCGCCAUUGUGACAAAGAUCCUCGGCGAAAGAGAACUGUCAGCAACGCAUACUGGCCUGUACACUGUCCGCAAGGCUGCCACUGCGUCGGCACUCAAGAAUGCACUGAACGGAGCUCCCCAUACUCACAAGCAUGAGAUUCUGGAAAUGGAUCUUGGAUCCAUUGCCAGCGUACGAGACACGGCGGCCAAGCUGAAUGAGCGAAUUGCAGCGGGUGAUCUCCCUCCAAUUAGGGCGCUCAUCUUAAACGCAGCAUAUCAAGACAGCGAAGAACUUAAAAUGUCAGAAGAUGGUUAUGAGAUGACAUGGCAGGUUAACUACUUGGCAAAUCAACUGCUGGUGCUGAUGCUGCUACAAAGCAUGGACACCACUCACGGUAGGAUAGUCAUCAUCGGAAGCUGGUCUCAUGACAUCGAUGAUAACAGAAAUUUAAAUGGCGGAGAGCCGUACAAAGGUUGGAAUUCCCUCUAUCCAGGUGCGAAACAACUUGCCAAGGGCGAAUGGAGCAGGCCAGAUAGUGGUGGGGGAUGGUAUACGGGAUAUCGACGAUAUGGGGCGAGCAAGCUUUGCGCCGUCAUGCUGAUGCACGAACUUGCGAUUCGUCUUGGGCAAGAUCCCGACCUUUCUAACAUUACCGUCUUUGGUUUGGACCCAGGCGCAAUGAGCUCCGGUAUCACUCGUAGACGCGGUCUUGUCAUGAAAGUUCUCAUCAAGGGACUGAUGCCUGUUCUCGCCCCGAUUCUGGUAUACUCCAAUCCCAAUGGAACAUUUAGAACCACUCAGAAGAGUGCCGACGAUGUUCAUCGCCUUUGUUGGGAAGUGAAGCCUCCCCCUAAAGGAACACCUCUCUAUGUGAAUGGCACGGACGAGCUGGAAACAUCAAGAGAGGCUCAAGACGAAGAAAAGCGAAAGGAAUUAUGGAAAUAUGGUCUGGAAGUGAUGGAGUUGAAAAGAGAAAGGACUGUUCUCAAGAGCUGGCAAUAA